AGUUUACAGGCGGCCGUCGAAGCGCCCGGUUCGCUCUCCUCCCUCUGCUUUGCUGCGUAGACUCAUUCGCCGCUGGAGAGAGACACGGAGAGAUUCACACACGCACGAGUGAUCGACGGAUUUUUGGGGUUUUGAUUUUGAGUCGACUGGAGAACUUGUGGUGAUACCAGAGCUGUGAAGUGAUUUUGUUGAACGAUUAGCCCUUGGCUCUUUUCAUUUCGAGGGGUUCCGGCUGUGAGGUUUGAUUUUGUUUUGAUCGGAAAGUGGAGACACACAAGGCCGCAAAAUUGCUCCCAACGUGAAGUCUUCGCAAGGCUCCGCAUCAUUGUCAUCAGACGGUGGUUUAGCCCAGAUCACGAUGACGAUGGAUGUGAGCAAGUCGGAGACUAGUAAAAAUGGCUCCACUCAGCAGGAGUGCCGCGGCUGCAGCAAGACAAUCAAGGAGAGGUAUCUCCUGAAGGCUCUGGACGCCUACUGGCACGAGGACUGCUUGAAGUGCAACUGCUGCGAUUGCCGGCUAGGCGAAGUCGGCUCGACCCUCUACACCAAGGCGAACCUGAUCCUCUGCAGGCGGGACUACCUGAGGCUCUUCGGCAACACGGGCCACUGCUCGGCCUGCAACAAGCCCAUACCGGCCUUCGAGAUGGUCAUGCGCGCCAAGACCAACGUCUACCACCUCGAGUGCUUCGCCUGUCAGCAGUGCUACCACCGGUUUUGCGUGGGCGACCGGUUCUACCUGUGCGAGAACAAGAUCCUCUGCGAGUACGACUACGAGGAGAGGCUGGUCUUCGCGAACAUGGCCCUGCAUCCGCCCACGAAUCUGGCCCAUCUCAAGAGACAGCUGCCGCCCACACCCACGCCACCCGGCCAGAACGUUCUUCCCGGCCACAACCCCAUGCAGCAGCAGCAGCAGCAGCAGCAGCAGCAACAACAACAGCAACAGCAGCAGCAACAACAGCAGCAGUUGCAAAAUCAGAGCCAGCAGGCGCAGAUGCUCGGCCAGCAGAUGGCGCAGCACAACCACGUGGCGAACGGUCAGAUGUCAGGCGGCGCGCCGACGGUGAACGGCACGUCGAUGAGCAUGGGCCCGACCGGCCGCGGAAGCGGCGGACCCGGCGACAUGAACAACAACGGACUGUCCGGCCCAGGAGGUCUCGGACCCGUCAAGGCGCCGCCCAUGUCGAUGCAGGCACCGACCAGCUGAGACGAGGCCACCGCUCCGCCCCUCAAAAAGCUCCGAUGCCUCGACGGUUACUGAGUUCGACGCCACGACUCGGUCGCGUAGUAGGGGAGAUUCGAACGCAGGGCCGCGCGACCACGCUAGUGUGAUACGCAUGCGCUGCGCGCGAAGGGGAGUUCUGUGUAAAUAGAAAGAGAGCGUGAUAGGAAGACGGCGGACUGUGACGAGCACGAAUUGUUUUGCAUUUUUGUUGUUAUCCACGACGAGCUCGUGGCUUCCAUAUUAUUAUUAUUAUACUAUUAUGAAUUAUUGCUAUUAUUAUUACUAUAUUAUUAUUAUUAUUUAAAUUUCUAUGUAUAACGUCUAUUAUUAAUCGUCGUUAAUCGAUUUUUCCUUAUAAUUUCUAUUGAUAUAUCGGUAAAGUGUAUAGAAACACGCGGAUCGACGUGGGCGACUGCUGCGCAUGCGCGUCUGUGCCAUGCUUCGUCGAAUGACGGUAUAGGCCUUCGGGUUGGCGAAUCGUCGGCGAAUCGAUCGCGAUCCGCAAAGGGAUCUCGCAAUAUAUAUGUACAUGUAAAUAUAUGUGUAUAUAUAUCGAACGGGAUCGCGAUCGACGUAUCUCGAAGGUGGAUUCAGAGGAAUUGGUUUCCGUACAGCUAAUACCAAAGAUUACGAAAUAAGAUAAUUUGCCCUCGAUGCGCGCCGAGAGAAAUUCUUUUUCCGAUAGGUCCACACCUACCACUCGUAUUCGAAAUUCCUCUUUUGUAUAUAAUAUAAUGAGAUCGAAAUUUCACGGUAUACGUAUAUAUAAAGCGCAUCGAGCGUAAUAAACGCGCAACCAUUCGACGCAAUUCGAGGCGGAAGAAAUUUCGUUGUACUCUUUCAUUCGCUGCGCGGCCGUGUACCGGGGGGCUUAGUCAUAGCUUUACAGUAAAAACCAAAAGAGAAACUACUUGUACCAAAAGACCAUAACAGUUAUCGAGCGAGCGACAAGAGGGAAGCAAGCAAGGGAAUAUUAAAGUACACGAGUGCGCGAGUGUCGUGUGUUGUUGUGAGACGAGAGACAUGAAAACGUACGUUUAAAGAGAGAGAGGACGCUUAAAGUCGAAACAAAGAGUGUGCGUGUGUGAGACGUGCGAAAAUUGAACUAUUCGAAAGGAAAUUGUAUAUUUCGUAAAAGCUGUAUAAUUUAGUACAAAACAUUACGACACAUGUAUAAAAAAAAAGAUUAAUAUUGUCGAUGCGCAGUGGAUGCGUUCUGUUCUUCGGCUCUGUAUAAGAAUAAUAUCCUUUAUUAUCUUCUUUUUGUUAAUCAUCUGUAUAUACUGUCAUAAUUAGCACACUAUUGUUAGCGUAUUAUGAUCGAUAGGGUUCCAUAACUAUACGGAAAAAAAAUACAUUCUUAUUAAUACCUUAAAA